CCGCCCCGCUGUGCUGCCUCUUCUCUCCCCGGGAGGUCGACACCUUCUCUUCCCUCCCAUUUUAAACCCUUAAAUGAGCUUCAGCUUUUCUCUGCACUUGACUGUGAAGGUCCACGUGGGGUUGUGUGUCAUAAGCAUUGUUGUGAUGUUCAGUGCCAACUCUCUGAUGUGGACCUUCUUCAGCCGGGGCCUCAGUUUCUCCAUGUCGUCAGCCAUUGCGUCGGUCACAGUGACCUUUUCCAACAUCCUGAGCUCGGAAGAUGCCGCCCGUCUGGAAGCCCGUGGUGCACAAGCAGCAGUGACACCGCUUGGCGCUUGGCCAGAGCUGACAGUGGUGCCCACCUCGGGCGGGUGUGUCCUGUGUGCCUGCUUCUGGGCGGCCUGGGUGUGCAGCCUGCUGACCGUCACCGAGGGAGGUGCCAGGCCAGCCGGGCCUUCUAGCCGUCCGUGCUCCCGAGCGACCAGGCCCUGACCUCCAGCGAUCCCAGAGCGCCUGCAGCGUCUGUGCAGUGCUUUGAUUCUUGACCCGGGCCAGCCGCCACGGGGUGCCCUGCAGAUGCAGAGGUCGGGGUUUCCGGGCCACGUGUACUCCACAGACCACGCUGGAAUGACAGGGCCGGCCCCACACCACGUUCCUGGCACACGUUGCUCCCCGGGGCUUCCCAACUUCCCGUGUGUGUUAAGCAAGAUGAGGAAACCUGGGCUAAUAAAUAUUUUUUGUACGUUAAAGCCA